CAGGCUCGUUCCAGAACUUACCUAAGGCUUCAUCUCUUCAGACAUGGAUUCUGGAGACAGUUCCAAGGAUGUUGCUGUGCGAGUGGGUGUGAUAUUUACACAGAAGACAGGAAAUGAAAAAAACAAGCUACGACUAACUUUAAAUGAAGAUGAAAACUGUGUGAUUUAUUGUCAAGGGGAAAGCAAGGAAUGUGCCUUUUCAUUUGAUGCUGUUGUGAACCAUAACAGUGCACAGGAGAAACUUUACCCUGAGCUCCUGCUACCUCUGGUGCCAUUGGUGGUGUCUGGUUACAGUGGGAAUGUGCUGGUGGCAGGUACGCACAGAUCAGGGAAAGAGAAUAUCCUGUGCGGACAAGUGAUUGUCAGACAGCUGAUUGAAGAUUUUUUCAAUGAAUUAAACAAGAUGACAGAUGGGGAAUGGUUUACAACAGUGUCCUUUGUACAGUUUUACCCUGAUGACACUGCAGUUGAUCUCUUAUAUCCACAAAACCGGGAUCUGAAGCCUGUGACUCACCCAGUACUGGGAAUUGUUAUAGAUAAUGUGUGUGAAAUUGUAGUGCAGACUCCGGGAGAUGCCUGGAAACUGUAUGACGAAGGCAGGGAAACACAAAAAGCCACCACUGGGAAUUUGAUCAGCAGGUGUAGCUCCCUUUAUUCCAUCAGUGCUGAGAAGAGGCUCCGGUCUGACAGUGAAUGUGCAGAAUACAGUCUCUCCAGAUUGCAGGUCUUUGAUCUUGCUGGUGGGGCAUUCAGGAAUGAUCUGAAUGGGAUUAGCCCCCUGCUGAAAGUCUUGGACCAAUCGGAGUCUCGUUCCACACCUUCUGACAGUCUGCUGCCUGUUGUAUUGACUUCAGCACUUCAUGGAAAUUGCUACAAUGUUCUUCUGUACUGUAUUAAGCCACAGGGCCUGGUGGAUGAAGAGACCCCCUGGGCUCUGGAACUGGCUCACAGGGUGAGAGGCCUGACAACAAGGGUGUCUCCCGGGCACUGGAGUCCUCAAAGGACCACUCACAGGUUGCGGACAGUCAUCAGGGAGCUGAGGAACAGCAUAGUUUUACAGGGGGAGAGUGGAGAUGAUGAAACAAGAGAGCUGGCUGGACUCAUUAAAACACUGCAGGUUGUCAAGAACCAGGAUUGGGAGAAAAAAAGAGAAAAAUCAAAAGAGAAUGAAGAAAAACGAAAGAGCUGUGCAGUCAAAUCCUCUGAUGUGGGGACGCUAUCCCAUGGUGCUCCUCAGCUGAGGGAUAUCCAGGAGAAGAUUAGGCAGCUUCAGGAGCAGUUGAAGAAGGAGAUGGAAGAACAUCUGAGAGAUGGGAAGGUUACUGUUGACAAGAACCAGGAGAGAGUGGGCAGGAUCCAGGAGCUGAGGGAAGCCAUCAGAGAGGAGCAGAGGAAGCGCAAAAAUGCUGAUCAGGGGUCAGGCCAUCUACAGCAUUGCAAUGACCAGGCAAAUUAUUCUUGUGACAAAAUGUCUGACGCGGAGCUGGAAUAUAGCCAGGCUCUGAACAGGAGGAGACGACUGAAGGAGGAACAUGGCGAUCUAAUUCACAAGGAACUGCUGAAGAUGGAACAGGAGCUGGAGGCUGAGAAGGACGAAGGCCAGGCCGUGGAGGUGCAGCGCUUGGACAGAGAGCGGGAGAUCCUGGUGUUGCAGCUGGAGGCACUACGGAGAGAGAAGGCCGAGGCAGAGAAAGACCUGGAGGCUUACCACCACAGACGCAUUCAGGAAAUGGACUCACUCCAGGCAGAGAGCCUUCAGGUUUUUCGAGCCUUUCGAGAGGUUUUUGAGGACCAGGUAGAGACCCUGGAGAAGCGCUAUCGUGGCCUGUUGCUGGAGGUCAUUCAGGACGCAGUGUACCUAUCAACUAGGAACCAGGAGCUGGAGGCAGAGAACAAGCAGCUCGAACACGCACUGGCAAAACACAGAGAUGCUCUUACUGUUGAGAGAGGCCUUAGGAGAGCCCAGCAACAUCACCGGGAAACUGCCUCACUGUGACAGGGAGAGGAAGAUCUGCUUUCAUGCGCACAGUGGGGCUAAUUCAAUUGAUCUGGCAUUCAAAAUGUCAACUGAGGGAAAGGAAAAAAGCAACACAGUGCGUAAUACCCAUGGAGGAGGAUACAAAUUGACAGGAUUCAGUUCUCUGUUAUCACAGCACUGUAUUUGAUUAUAUCCAGAACUGGUAAGCAGUUCAUGUCUCAUGUGUCCACAUACUGAAAGUUCUUUAUGUGUCUGGAUGUUGAAGUUACUCCAUAGAUGAAUACUGAAAUCGUGCAAAUGACUUACCAGCCCGAUUCCUACACUGGUUUCCUCUAUGAAAGAAAAUAAUAACAUCUGACGUAAGAAUUUUGAAUAAUACAUCAAACCUGAAAAUUUUAAUCCUUUCCCACGGAGUCGGAACUGUAAAAUAAUUCAAACAAGAACAAGUGAAAAGCAUAUAUAUUUAAUUGAAUGAAAUAAAGCAUCCUUUUAAUUACCUUUGUUUUAUUCCUGCUUUCUUAAAGCAUAGCUUGUUAUUUAAAUGACCUUUGUUUCAAUACAGAAGCAAAGCCUACAAGGACUGCCAUAUCCAUUUGCAAAUGAGAAGGGAACUUGACAUUGGUUGAAGUGUCUCUUAACAAAUUGGAGAAAGUUCGUGUUUAUGUUUUGUCAUUGGUCAGAACAGACCCAGGAAUAUUGUUCCAAGGUUAACUUUUCUCAAAAAAUGUUUACAAGAGUAAGACAUCUCAUUUAUUUUAAGGAAGUAGUGUAUAUCAGAAGGGGAGCACAGUGGCUACCAUUGUUGCCAGGGGCCCUGGGUUUAAUUCUGGAUGUGUGUAUGUUCUCCCAGUGUUUGUGUGGGUUUACUUCAUGUGUUCUAUUUUUUUCUCGCAGUCCAAAGAUCUUCUUGUAGGUUACUGGCUUCUUGGAAACCUGGAUCCUGGUGUAAGUGUGUGUCUGUAUUUGUGUCUGUCAGCCCUGCAAUGGACUGGUGUACUGUUCAGGGUGUACCCUGCCUUGCACCAAUUGCUUGCUGGGAUAUGCUCCUUU